GUAGAAAGUAGAAACCUAAAACCCUGGUAUUCCGCCGUCUUCCUUCGCUAUUUGUUCUCAGUUUGCAAAAACCCUAAUCUUGGACACAAUAACACCAACAGAAAGAAUCCCAAGUCAGAAAAUGGUGAUGAAGGUGAGACAUCCAUGGAGAUUUCUUCUUUUCCGAAAUUACCCUCGUCGAUCUCCACUCCGUAUUUCCGCCAUAUCUCAGGUACUCAUUCCCUCACCUCCUAUUGUUCACUCCUUCAACAACAUUGCUUCUCGUUCCCAUUUCACAAGCCCCUUCAAUCUUAUGAAAGGAUUAUCCAUUUUAAAUUACAACAAUCAAUCUAAUAGUUUCUCAUCCGAGGCACAAAAAGACCCAGAUCAUGUUUUGGUAAGUAGUGUCACUGAUAUUUUUACUAAGUUCAGUGGUAAGGAUGAUAUAAAGAGAGAAUUGGAGUUGAAUAGUGUUGUUUUUAGCCAUGAAAUGGUUUUGAAAGUGUUGAAGAAUGUUGAGUCUAGCCCUGAUGUAGCAAUUAGGUUUUUUGAUUGGGUUUUGGAGACAAAUGGGGAAAAGCUUAGUUCCAAAUCGUAUAACCGGAUGUUAGGUAUUUUGGGUGUGAAUGGGUUGAUUGAGGAAUUUUGGGGUUUGGUUGAUGUUAUGAAGAAGAAAGGUUAUGGUAUCUCUGGUGCCGUUCGUGAUAGAGUUGCUUUGAAGUUUGAGAAAGAGGGACUGGAGAGUGAUUUGGAGAGAUUAAAAGGGGUUUUUGCUUCGGGAUCUGUCGAUAAUUCGAUCGAGAAGGUUUGUUCCAGGGUGUGUAAGAUUAUUAAGAGCGAGUUAUGGGGUGAUGAUGUUGAAAACCGGUUACUCAAUCUGAAUGUUACGUUUUCAAAUGAUUUGGUGAAAAUGGUAUUGGAAUAUCUUGCUUCUGAGCCAGCAAAAUCAUUGAUAUUUUUCCGAUGGAUCGAGGAACGUGGUUUGGUGAAGCACGACGGACAGAGUUAUAAUGCUAUGGCUAGAACUUUAGGGAGGGAAGAUUGCAUUGAUCGAUUUUGGAAAGUUGUUGAUGAAAUGAGAAGCCUUGGGUAUGAAAUGGAAAUGGAGACUUAUACAAAGGUUUUCGAGCACUUUUGUAAGAAGAAAAUGAUUAAAGAAGCUGUAGACUUGUACGAGUUCGCAAUGGCCGGUUCCAAUAAGCCUUCUAUGAGCUCUUGUACCUUUUUGCUGAAGAAAUUAGCGGUGUCUAAACAAUUAGACAUGCGUCUAUUUUCAAGAGUCGUGAAGACUUUUGUUGAGAAUGGGAAUGUCUUGACAGAUUCCAUGGUUGAUUCGGUUCUUAAAUCUUUGACGAGUGUUGGUAGACUCAGGGAAUACAACAAGGUUCUAAAAGUAAUGCAGGAGAAUGGGUUUAUAACCAGUGGUGAUUUACAGUCGAAAAUUACUUUUAGACUUGCUAGUGCUGGUAAAAAAGACGAAGCUUCUGAGUUUAUAGCAUCAAAUACUGAUUUAGAUCACAAAGCAUGGGCGUCUUUAAUCGAAGGAUGUUGUGCUGCCGGUGAUCUUGAAACAGCAUCAACUUAUUUCGAAAACGUGGUUGAAAAAAAUGGGGUUUCCCAUGCCAGCUAUGCUUUUAACUGGUUGGUAUAUUCGUAUUGCAGUAGGAAAAGAGCAAAGGAUGCUUGUAAGCUUUUACACAAGUAUGUUAGUGAGAAUCAGUUAAAACCAUGGCAUGAUACUUACAAGGAAUUGAUAAGGAAGUUAUUAGCUCAAGAUGGAUUUAAAGAUGCAUUGAGUCUCUUCGAUUUGAUGAAAAACGACGGUUUUCCCCCCUUUAUCGAUCCUUUUAUCGAGUAUGUUUCAAGGAGGUCCGGUAGUAGUGAUGAUGCUAUUGCUUUUCUCAAGUCUAUGACUUCACAAAGGUUUCCAUCUAUGUCGGUUGUUCUUCGUGUUUUUGAAGCUUUUUUCAAAGCUUCGAGGCAAAAUGAAGCACAGGAUUUAUUAUCGAAGUGCCCAAGUUUCGUUCGCAACAAUCCCGAUGUUUUGAAUCUCUUUUGCUCGAUGAAAUCAGGUAAAGUUGUUGCUGCACCUUCCAUGGUUGCUUAGACUUCAUUAGCUAUAAUUUAUUGCAUUUGUUACAAAAUUUUCGGCACGAAAUCAUUAAAGCUCUGCUGUCAUAAUAAAAAAGAAGAUAUUUGAGGAUUUUGAUGAUUCUUCCUGUUAGUGCUUUUGAAUUAUGAUGUGUAUUUAAGAAUUUUAGACUUAAUUGGUGUAUGUGGUGGAUACAUGGUGAAUUUUGCCUUUCCGACAACAUAUUUUGUACUUGUUAUAAGCUUAUUAUGUCCGGGUCAAGCUCGGAUUGAUUAUAACAUGCUUGCUACGAGGAACUGUAAGAUCAAUCCAGAUAUGUGCAGGUUAUGACCA